UCAUUCUUUUCAUUAAUCAUUUGUCGUUGGCUAAAAAAGAAAGGUGAAAACCGGCUGCUUUCAAUUUCUUUAUAAAUGAUCCUUAAUUCUCUAGCAAUUAUUUAACAGCAUUGAGAAUCAAAAGUAACAAAACGAAAAUGGUGCGUGUAAUAACUCAGGAGACGUAUGAUGAUGUAGUUAAGGAGAACAUAGAUGAAUUCGACAUGACUCCUGAGGAAGCAGUAAAAGAGGCUGUAGCACAAUUUGAAGCUCAGGGGGUUGACCUGUCCAACAUAAUAAAAGACUUAGCUUUAAGUUCAAGUGAUAACCAUCUUGUCAGCAUUGCUGUAGGAAAAUUGAAAGAGUUAUGCAGUGAAACUGAAAAUGAUACUCAGAUAAUACAAGAGUUAGAAGUUUUAAUGACAGAAUGCAAUAAAGACAUUGCACACAGAGUGAGGGCAGGAAAGGAAGGUGCCUACAAUACUUUAAUAGAUGUUCUAGAUGUCAAACUCAAAGGAUACACCCAAGAACAGAAUAAAGGAAAUCAAACUCUAAUUGUUAAGACUUUAAAUUGUUUAACAGCCUUGAUGGAGAUGCAGCCUGACCUCCUUGAUGAAAAAGGAAUAAAUAUUAUUAAAAGUAUUCUAGAUAGUGUUGAAAAUGAAUCCAUUCUGUUAUCAACUCUACAGUGGAUAAGUGUGUGCUGUAUUAAACACGAGAUGAACAGGCAAAUGAUUUUUAAUAAAAAUAUAACUGGAAAUCUAAAAAACUUGCUAAAAAGAAAAGGAAAUAAAAGAUUACUUAUUGAAUCCCUUCAAGUUAUAAGGAGAUUUACUCUCGACGACGAUAUUCGGAUGGAGUUUGGGAAGGCACAUGAACAUGCAAGAGAUUUAGGUGUUAAUUUGCUGGAAACACUGACUAAGCUAUUAAAAGAAAACAUGCAAGCACCAAUAGUGUCAGAGCUUAUGCUAACAAUGUCAACACUACUGGUGAGACAUGAGCUGUGUGCGCAAGCCUAUGAGGACAUACUCUACACAAUCUUGGCAGAUAACUAUGACAAUGUGUCUGUUAUACUUCAAGCAAGCAAACUUAUAACUGCGUUGGCCGGCAACGAUGAUGUCAAACGACAACUUGUCAAAAGUGGAAUUGUGCCUAUCAUCGUUUCUCUACUCAAAAGGCAUUGUAGCAAUGCAGCGGCCGCGUCACUUAUACUCAAGUGUAUAUCGGCUUUAUGUCUGCGUGAAGCGGAACAUGGGAGGAUGUUCCUUGAGAACGGUGUCGCUGAGGUGAUAGUGGAGUGUCUCACCGUACAUGCCGAUAAUCCAAGCGUUCAGAAAAACGGUUGUUGGGCAAUCCGCAACAUGGUGGCUAGGCACAAGGAUCACAAUCCCAAAUUCCACGAGCUGGGAAUCGAAGCCGUACUCAAUAAAAGUUACUGCCAGUUCGCGAAAGAUUUCGGCUUCGACAUAAAAUCUGCUUUGAGGGAUUUGGAUUGCGAUGUUAAGUUCGACGAGCAAUGGACGGGGAAAGGGGUACAGAUUGAUGAGUAAAUGAACACCAACAAAGUGAGCAUGUAUUUAGGUACACGGAGAUUUGUUGAAUCGCAUAUGUAUAUGAGCUGACUCUGCCUAUGCGGACGCAAAUUGUUCUGGAUCCCGAAAUAAACAGGCUUAUAAAAAAAGCCAUUAAGCAUGAUGACAGUUACAAAUAAUUAAUCGCUCCAAUAUUUUAUUUAUCUACUUAGCUUUAAUUUAUCUAUGUCGUCACUAGUGCAGACAUGACUUGAAGAGCGGGAAAUAUAAAUAUAAUUGCCAAUACUUUUAAUUUCUGCACAAAGAAGAUAUUUUUUGGAUAUAGUUGAUACAGCCGAACUUCAAAACGCAGUUUUUCUAAUUUAGUCAUCAUGUCUAUUACAACUAUUAUACCUACUCCUUGAUUCACAAAGGAGUGUCCAUUUGUGGACCCAGACUGGUAAAUAAAAUAAAAAAUAACAAAAUGUAUUGAAUCGAUCACAACAGAUGCCUUAUAAUUGGAAAGUUUUUUAUGCCGAUUAUUUCAUUUUUACUAGUACUCUUGAGGCUUCGAAAUUAUUAGAUAAAUAGUUUCCCUCAGACUUGUUUCCUUCCCAUAUACUUAUUUAAUAUGGUUCGCUUGUUGUGCGGCUUUUUGGUUGCUGUCUUAUUCAGUAAAAAACCGAUUUGCACGAAAGACUGAUUCGUUUGUCCAAUCUAAAAUAGCCAUUCUGAUGUACUAUACUAGAAAACAUGUUCGUAUAUCCAAGAAGGACGGGACGUAGCCAACAUGACUUACCCAAUUUGCAGCCGAGUGUCAAGCUAGCCGCCAGUCGGUCCUCAAAUAUUUAUCUAAUUAGUCCGACCCGUAACAAUAAAACUGAGCUCAAGAGCGUUCUUUGACUUUGCUUAGACUUAACUGUUAAAAAGAAACGAAUUUAUGUCGAACACUUAACUGUCUCUUUUAAACUGUCUCUAAAGUCAAAGUACACUUUAAAUUUUAGGCUUAGUGUGCCAGUCUGUCUACAGGAUAAUUAGGUUAAAAAAACUCUCUAACUAUGUAACAACUUCAAAAUUAUAACUAAAGACUUUUUCACAUAUACCUUUUCUUACACUUCGUAUUCUAAUAAUAAAAUGCUUUUCUAAUU